CUAUCCCUUACAUGAGAGACUGUGAUGAAAUGUUUCAAACAGGCCACACAGAGAGUGGUCUUUACAUAACACGUCCUGAUAACACCCGCAAACUAGUGGUCCAGUGCUACAUGGAUGGAUGCAAUGGGUGGACUGUGAUCCAGCGGAACAGCUUUGACACUGAAAUCAUUUGGUCAGAGACAUGGACAACCUAUAAAUAUGGGUUUGGCAACUUGGAGGACGAUCACUGGCUAGGCAACGAAUACAUCAGCCUCAUUACCCGACAGAAAUGGUACAAAGUCAGAAUUAACUUGGUGGAUGCCAACGGCAAUCACAAGUACGCAGAAUAUGACAGUUUUAUCUUGAGAAAUGAAAGUCAGGGGUAUGAGCUGAACCUAGGGGCAUAUGAAGGUAACGCAGGGGAUCCUCUCACCUCCUCACGGACCAAAAACUUUCAUGACAAUAUGAAGUUCUCAUGCAAAGAUCACGAUCUGGACAGAUCAACUUCAAUUAAUUGUGCAGAUGUCCAUGGUGGGGGAUGGUGGUAUGACUCCUGCUUUGAUGCACAGUUAAAUCGCAAAGGUGGUAUUCACUGGGGUACUCUAUGUGAUGAGAACUGUAGGGAGUCAGUUAUAAUGCUGAAGCCCAUCCACAUGUAUUGCAGCAGGGUUUAG